AUGUCUAAUUUACCUCUGCAAAAGACAGGGUUACAAAAAUAUAAAACAAAGAAUACAUUGGUUUAUUCUGGUUCAACUACAAGUGUCUCUGAUGACAUGAGUAAACAUAGUGACUCUAGUAUAAUUGAUAUUCCAGAAAACGAUGAUACAGAUUCUGACGAUAUUCCAUUAUACUGUUUGAAACGGUCAAGACUACUAUGUUCAUCAAAUAAUGAUAAUGAACCUGCUUUGAAUUAUAAAGACGAUCAGAUAUCCGUCGACAUGUUAUGUGAUUCCAAUUGCAAUCAUGAUAUAGUCUCGUCCACUGUUUCUCGUCGCGAAUCGAUGAGCUCUACUAAUUCGAAAAUUUCUUCAUUUCCACCUAUUUGUAAAUCUAUCAUACCUGGCACAUCUUAUGCACAAGCGCGUUGUUCACCAACCGAAUAUUUAAUUUUUAACGGUGAUACUAUGCUGUCAGAUAAAAUACCAAGUCCCUCAAGUGAAAAUGAACAGACGUCUUUGAAUUACUCUGUGAACGAUACAGUUUUGGUUCGUUAUUAUACUAAAAAUAAAUGGAAAUAUUACAUAGGGGUUAUUUCGACUUGUAAUAAUGAUGAUACUUUUGACAUUUCAUUUUAUGUUACAACACGUAGUAAAGGUCAGCUUAAAUUUAAAAGGCCUAAGAAAAUUGACAGGGAUACUGUACCAAAAAUAUCUAUAGAAAAGAUAAUCACAAUUGAUAAAAUAUCUGAUAAGCCAGAAGAGUAUAAAUUACAAAACCAAGCAGAUGCUCUUUAUUUCUAA